UUGGUUCAAGGUGUCAACUUGUCAAAUUUUAGACUCUAGUAUUGCAAAUGUGUAAUCUUAGAUUCAGUCUUUGUCUUUGACGUAACAAAAUUGGAUUGUGUGGUGUAGACCGUCCUCUUCCCUGUAAGAGUAUUUUUUGCUGAUUACUCUCCGAGCAAUCAGAUCAUGAUCGGUUUAAUCAUUUGUUCCAAGGUUUUAAUAAAAUGAGUAUACGUCACAUGACAUUCCCCCUUGAGGCAUGUUUUGUGGUAUGCGUUUUCUAUGGUUUUGAUUAACUGAGGUUAUGUGUUUUUAUCUGUAUUUAGAAAGAUGUUCUAAAGGAAUAUGUCGAUUAUUACUAAAUUUUUUUAAUAACUAAAUUCAUAUAAUCAACAAAAUCGGAAAUGUAGCAACAGUUUAUUAACACAGAAAUGAAUGUUAAGGAAGAAAUGGAUAUCCAUGAUGAUUUUCUAUCGAAUAUCGAUGUAAAACAAGAAUUAUUUGACGAAAUAUCUACUCUAAAAAUUCAAAAUACAAAUGAACAAAUAUAUGCAAUUUAUUCAAUCAAACAAGAAACAAAAGAUGACUUGAAUACAGAUAAAAUAUUUCAUAACAACGUGAAAGCAUUUAGUGAAAGAAAAAGGAACAUUCUUACUUCACCCAACAUAAGAAACAAACUAAAAUAUUUAAAAGUUGAUCAUGGAAAGCGAACUAAAUCAAAAGUUGCAGGACUGAUAAAAAAACGAAAAAAUAUUCAACCAAAUGCUACGAGGUUAGUGAUAUGUGUAUAUUGUGGGAAUUUAUACACCAAACAAGUAGAAUUGUUAUGCCAUUUACAAAUGAAUCAUUGGAUAGAAGGGAAAAAAAUAUAUAAUACUAAAAUUGACCAUAAAAGUAAAAGUGAUAUUUGCAUUAUGGGAAAUCUUGAUAUAAAAGAUGAAGUUGAUAUAGUUGAACAUAAAUUGAAAGUGGAGUUGCAAGAAACCAGGGAUCAGUUAGAUUUUACUGAUAAUUUGAUCCCAUGUGUGAAUGAGGUUUCAGAACCAUUCCAUAGGAGCAUUUGCAUAAAAUCAUUCCCAGAUAAAUUUCAAACAGAAGAAAAGCUAUUUAAAUGUUACCUUUGUAUGAAAUCUUUUGCAUGGAAAAGUAGUUUGAUUACUCAUUUACAAAGUCACACAGGUAAAAAACCAUUCAAUUGUGACAUUUGUAUGAAAACUUUUUCACAGAGAAGUGAUUUGAAGAGACAUUUGCGUAGUCAUACAGGAGAAAAGCCAUUUAAAUGUGACAUUUGUUGGAAAUCAUUUUCUGAUAAAAGUAAUUUAAUUAAACAUACACGUAAUCAUACAGGGGAAAAACCAUUCAAAUGUGACAUUUGUAUGAAAUCAUUUCCAUAUAAAAUUAGUUUAAGCAAACAUUUGUCUAAGCAUACAGGAGUAAACGCAUUUAAAUGUGACAUUUGUUUGAAACCAUUUUCUCACAAAAGUAAUUUAAAUGUACACAUGCAUAAACACAUAGGGGAAAAGCCAUUUAAAUGUGACAUUUGUUUAAAAGCAUUUUUUCAUAAAAGUAAUUUAAAUAUACAUAUGCGUAGUCACACUGGAGAAAAACCAUUCAAAUGUGACAUUUGUUUGAAAGUUUUUUCACAAAUGAGUAGUUUGAAUAUACAUUUGCGUGGUCAUACAGGGGAAAAACCAUUCAAAUGUGACAUUUGUUUUAAAACUUUUACAAGGAUAAGCGGUUUGAAAAUACAUUUGCAUAGUCACACAGGAGAAAAACCAUUCAAAUGUGACAUUUGUUUGAAAACUUUUUCAGAGAUGAAUAGUUUAAACAAACAUUCUGUUGUGCAUACAGGAGAAAAACCAUUCAAAUGUGAUAUUUGUUCAAAAUCUUUCUCACGGAAAAGUAGUUUAAAUGUACAUUUGCGUAUUCAUACAGGAAAAAAGCCAUUUAAAUGUGAUAUUUGUAAGAAAUCUUUCACACAUAAAAGUAGUUUGAAUAUACAUUCACAAAGUCACACGGGUGAAAAGCCAGUCAAUUGUCAGGUUUGUUUGAAACCAUUUUCUCAUAAAAAUAAUUUAAAAGUACAUAUGCUAAAGCACACUGGGGCAAAGCCAUUCAAUUGUGACAUUUGUUUAAAAUCAUUUUCUCAUAAAAGUUAUCUAAAAAUACAUAAGAGUAGUCAUACAGGAGAAAAGCCAUUCAAAUGUGAAAUUUGUUUAAAAUCUUUCUUACAGAAAUGUGGCUUGAAUAAACAUUUGCUCAGGCACACAGAAGAAAUACAACGUCACGAAAAUUUCUUUAUAAUGGACGUGAAACCAGAAAUAGAAGAUGCUCUCAUUAAAGAGGAAAAAUUUGAUAUCGAAGAACUUGAUAUCAAACAGGAGAAUGACAAAUUUUUACAACAAACAUGUGAUAAUGUUAAAAUGAAAAUGAAGAAGAUGAUUUAUAACGAAGGCUUAGAGUGUAAAUUGGAAACAGGGUUGUUAAAAGAUGAAAAACGCCUGAACACAAAUACUAUUUCUGGGAUUGUGAUUUGUGGGUUUUGUGGAAAUCUAUACACAAAACAAGUAGAAUUCCAUUACCAUUUUUCAACAAAUCAUUUCAUGAAAAGACGUAAUUUAUUUAAGAUGACGUUUCUGGGAAAAAAUAGAAGCUGCAUUAAAAAACGAAAUAGAAUUUCAAGGAAUAUGAAUGAAGAUGUCAAAAAUGGAAUUGAUCUACUAGAAGAUGAAUUAAAAAUAGAGUCGCAGGAAACUAAGUGUAAAUUCAAUACUGAUAAAAAGCCGUUCGAAUGUAAUAUUUGUAUCAAAUCGUUUAUGACAAAACAAUUGUUGAAAUUGCACUUGUUUUGUCAUACAGGUGAAAAACCAUUCAAAUGUGACAUUUGUUUAAAAACUUUUACAUUGAAACGUAGUUUGAAAAUUCAUUUGCGUGGUCACACAGGAGAAAGGCCAUUCAAAUGUGAUGUUUGCUCAAAAACUUUUUCACAAAAAAAUAGUUUAACCACACAUUUGCGUGGUCAUACAGAUGAAAAACCGUUCAAAUGUGACAUUUGUGUAAAACAGUUUUCAGAAAAAGUAUCUUUAAUAGGACAUGUUUGUAGUCACACUGCGGAAAAACCAUUCAAAUGUGACAUUUGUUUAAAGACUUUUGCAUUCAAAAGCAGUUUGAAUACUCAUUUAGGUAGUCAUACUGGAGACAAACCAUAUAAAUGUGACAUUUGUUUGAAAAGUUUUCCACUGAAAAGUAGUUUGAAAAUUCAUUUGCUCAACCACAAAGGAGUAAAGCCAUUUAAGUGUGACAUUUGUUUGAAAACAUUUUUAAUGAAAGGUAAUUUAAACACACAUCUACGUACUCAUACAGGAGAAAAACCAUUCAAAUGUAACAUUUGUUUCAAGAGUUUUUCAUGGAAAACGAAUUUAUUGUCACAUUAUAUCAGUCACACAGGAGAAAAACCAUUCAAAUGUGAUAUUUGUUUGAAAAAUUUUACAUUGAAAAAUAGUUUGAAUACACAUUUGCGUAUUCACACGGGGGAAAAACCAUUCAAAUGUGACGUUUGUCCAAAAACUUUCUCACAACAAAAUAGUUUAACCACACAUUUGCGUUACCAUACUGGGGAAAAGCCAUUUAAAUGUGAUAUUUGUUUAAAACAGUUUUCAGACAAAGUAUCUUUAACAAGACAUGCUCGUAGCCACACCGGGGAAAAACCAUUCGAAUGUGACAUUUGUUUAAAAAAAUUUUCAGUAAAAGUAUCUUUAACACGACAUGUUCGUAGUCACACUGGGGAAAAACCAUUCAAAUGUGAUGUUUGUUCAAAAACUUUUACACAAAAAAAUAAUUUAACCAAACAUUUGCAUUAUCAUACAGGGGAAAAGCCAUUUAAAUGUAACAUUUGCUUCAAACAGUUUCCAGAAAAAGUAUGUUUAACAAGACAUGUUCGUUGUCACACUGUAGAAAAACCGUUCAAAUGUGAUAUCUGUUUGAAAAGUUUCACAAUGAAAAGUAGUUUGAAUACUCAUUUGCUUAGUCACACGGGAGAAAAACCAUUCAAUUGUGAUGUUUGUUCAAAAAAAUUUUCACAAAGAUAUAGAUUAACUACACAUUUGCGUUAUCAUACAGGGGAAAAGCCGUUCAAAUGUGACGUUUGUUCUAAAACUUUUUCACAAAAAAAUAGUUUAACCACACAUUUGCUAAUUCACACAGGAGAAAAACCAUUCAAAUGUGAUAUUUGUUUGAAAACUUUCACAUUAAAAACUGGUUUGAAUACUCAUUUGAGUAUUCACACAGAAGAAAAACCAUUCAAAUGUGACAUUUGUUUGAAAAAUUUCACUUUAAAAAGCAGUUUGAAUACACAUUUUCGUAUUCACACAGGAGAAAAACCAUACAAAUGCGACAUUUGUUCGAAAAGUUUUCCACGGAAAAGUAAUUUGAAAAUUCAUUUGCACAAACAUGAAGGGGGAGAGCCGUUCAAAUGCGACAUUUGUUUUAAACCGUUUUCACAGAAAGCUAGUUUAAAUUCACAUCUACGUACUCAUACAGGGGAAAAACCAUUCAAAUGUGACAUUUGCUUGAAAACAUUUUCAUGGAAAACAAAUUUAGUAACACAUUCUCUCAGUCACACAGGAGAAAAACCGUUCAAAUGUAACAUUUGUUUGAAAACUUUCGCAUUUAAAAGUAGUUUGAAUAAACAUUUGCUCAAUCACACGGAGGGGAAACCAUUCAAAUGUGACAUUUGUUUAAAAACUUUUUCACAAAAAUAUAAUCUAACCACACAUUUGCGUUAUCAUACAGGGGAAAAGCCAUUCAAAUGUGACAUUUGCUCGAAACAGUUUUCAGUAAAAGUAUGUUUAACACGACAUAUGCGUAUUCACACAGGGGAAAAACCAUUUAAAUGUGAUAAUUGUUUGAAAACUUUUUCAUGGAAAACCAAUUUAGUAAAACAUUCUCUCAAUCAAUUUCCUCUGAUGAUGAUACAACUAAAGUCGCCGGCGACAACGACAAUUGAUCAAAUUAUUACCUCACUAGAAGACACCAAUGUUUCAUCUACAUAUAAAAUGGAUUUGGAGGUAAAAGUUGUGAAUGGAGAAAUCGAUAAUCAAAAUGAUUUUUCUUGUUAUAUCGAUAUUAAACAAGAAAUGAGUGACGAUGUUUCGGAGAGCCCUUUUCAAAAUGUAAAUACUAAUAUUAUUAAACAAGAAAUAAAUGAUGAACUAAAUCAAAUGAAAAUAUUCGGAGAAUCUAUUGUUGCAGUCAAAACAGAGAGUAAUACACGCAAUAUCCGAAAAAGAAUUACAUAUUUUAAAAAUAAUUAUGGAAUGCGAAAUAAAUCAAAAGGAUUUCUGAUAAAUGGACAACACCUAAAUCUAGAUACUAUUGCUGGGAUUAUGAUCUGUAAGUUUUGUGGAAAUUUAUACACAAAACUUGAGGAAUUUGUUUGCCACUUUUCUACAAAUUAUUAUAUGAACAAGAAGAAAUUACAGAGUAAAAUAAAGUUUAAAAAUAAAUAUCUAUGUUGCAGAAGAAAGCAACUAACUGACUCUGCGGAUUCUAAAACUCAUAACAAAAAUGAUAAAAAUGAAAUUGAAAUAGUUGAAUAUGAUUUGAAAGAGGAUAAAGAUACCAGAGUAACUGGUAGUUUUGAGAUAAGUUCAAGUGACGGUCAAAAAUUGGAGAUUGGACAUUUAUUUACUCACAAUGAAGAAAAGUCACUCAAAUGUGACUUUUGUUUAAAAACUUUCUCAAAGAAAACUCUAUUAAAAUCACAUUUGCGUAUUCACACUGGAGAAAAACCAUUCAAAUGUGAAAUUUGUUCAAAAACUUUUUCUUGGAAAAAUAAUCUGAAUGCACAUUCUCGUAUUCACACAGGAGAAAAGCCAUUCAAGUGUGACAUUUGUUUGAAAACUUUUUCACAGAAAAAUAAUUUGACUACGCAUUUGCAUAGUCACACAGGAGAAAAGCCAUUCAAAUGUGAUAUUUGUUCUAAAAAUUUUCCACGGAAAACUCAAUUGAAUACACAUUUGAUAAGUCACACAAAAGAAAAGCCAUUCAAAUGUGAAAUUUGUUUAAAAACUUUUUCACAUAAAAAUAAUUUAAAUUUGCAUUUAAAUAGUCACACAGGAGAAAAUCAGUUCAAAUGUGACAUUUGUUUCAAAAGUUUUCCAAGAAAAUCUCAAUUGAAUAUACAUUUGCUAAGUCACACAAAAGAAAAGCCAUUCCAGUGUGACAUUUGCUUUAAAAGUUUUUCACAGAAAAAUAAUUUGAAUACACACUUGCGUAGUCACACAGGAGAAAAGCCUUUUAAAUGUGAUGUUUGUUCAAAAUCAUUCACCCAGAAAUGUCAUUUGAAUGAGCAUUCACGUAGUCACACAGGAGAAAAGCCAUUUAAAUGUGAUAUUUGUUUAAAAACGUUUACACAGAAAUGUCAUCUGUUUGAACACCUACGUAGUCACACAGGGGAAAAACCUUUCAAAUGCGACGUUUGUUUGAAAACUUUUUCAUGGAAAAAUAAUCUGAAUGCACAUUUGCGUAUUCACACAGGUGAAAAGCCAUUCGAAUGUGUCAUUUGCUUGAAAACUUUUUCACAGAAAUGUCACUUGAUUGAGCAUUUCCGUAGUCAUACAGGAGAAAAGCCAUUUAAAUGUGACGUUUGCUUAAAAACUUUUUCGCAGAAAAAUAAUUUGAAUACACAUCUACGUAGUCACAUAAAAGAAAAGUGAUUAAAAUAUGAAACAGAAAAUCAUUUGAAUCGGAUUUUUUUAUUGAUAUGGCUCUAGUGGCCAAACUUUUUAUCGUUCAAUUGAAAUAUUUAUAUCAACAUUUGUCACAAAAUCGGGUAUUAUAUUUAAUUUUUUUUAUUGUUUAUUGAA